CUACAUUGCUCUAUCGACUAGAGGCUGUUCACCUUGGAGACCUGAUGCGGUUAUGAGUACGACCAGGCGUGAGAACGAACCGCUCCCCCGGAUUUUCACGGGCCGUCGGGAGCGCGCCGGACACCCCAAGACUUAGGGUGCUUUGCCUGCCGUGUAGCCCUCGCUCCGGCUAAACCGAUUCCAGGGCAGGAGGCAGUUAAGAAGAAAAGAGAACUCUUCCCAGGGCUCCCGCCGGCGUCUCCGGGUUCGUUCGCGUCGCCGCCCACCAUCCACGCGCUGGCUCGGGAAUAUUAACCCGAUUCCCUUUCGACGGACGGGCUGACAGAACCAGCCGCGUUCGGCGGAGUUUUCCUGUCUCUUAGGGUCGGCUCACCCGUGUCCAACUGCUGUUCACACGGAACCUUUCUCCACUUCAGUCUUCAAAGUUCUCAUUUGAAUAUUUGCUACUACCACCAAGAUCUGCACCGGGGCCCGCUUCACCCAGGCUCGCGCCCAAGGCUGCGCCGCGAGCCCCGCGCCCUCCUACUCGCCGGCGCCUCGCGCUCGCGCCGGCGGCCGCGCAUCGGUGGUCCGCUUGAGCGCCAUCCAUUUUCAGGGCUAGUACCUUCGGCAGGUGAGUUGUUACACACUCCUUAGCGGGUUCCGACUUCCAUGGCCACCGUCCUGCUGUCUGGAGGUACCAACGCCUUUUGUGGUAUCUGAUGAGCGGACACUUGGGUACCUUAGCGCGGCGUUCGGUUCAUCCCGCAUCGCCAGUUCUGCUUACCAAAAAUGGCCCACUUUGAACGCGCCGUUCGCCGCCCGGGAUCACUCAAGCAUCCCGGGCCUCUUGCCCAUUUAAAGUUUGAGAAUAGGUGCAAGCUGUUUCAGCCCACAGGCCUCUAAUCAUUCGCUUUACCUGACAAAACCGUUGCGUUCAAGCUAUCCUGAGGGAAACUUCGGAGGGAACCAGCUACUAGAUGGUUCGAUUAGUCUUUCGCCCCUAUACCCAGAUUCGACGAACGAUUUGCACGUCAGUAUCGCUACGAGCCUCCACCAGAGUUUCCUCUGGCUUCACCCUACCCAGGCAUAGUUCACCAUCUUUCGGGUCCCGACAGGUGUGCUCCACUCAAACCCCUCACAGCAGGUCAAGGUCGGUUGGCAGGGCAUGCCCUUCACUUUCAUUCCGCACGCGGGCUUGCCACCCGGGUACUCGCACACGUGUCAGACUCCUUGGUCCGUGUUUCUAGACGGGUCGGAGGGGCCCGUUCCGUCAGCCGGGCCCCGGGCCGCGCCAGGACGGGAGCUGGCCGUAAAGCCCCGCUCCCGGGUUGAGGCGCGGCGCCGAGGCGCGGCUGACCCGGCGCGCAGAAGUGCACCUGGGGAGAACCCCAGGCUGAGUCGGCGCGCCGAAGCCGGGCCCAUCCGGGUUUCCUCCUACCGAUUUCAAGCACUCUUUGACUCUCUUUUCAAAGUUCUUUGCAUCUUUCCCUCACGGUACUUGUUCGCUAUCGGUCUCUCGCCAGUAUUUAGCUUUAGAUGGAAUUUACCACCCAAUUCAAGCUGCAAUCCCAAGCAACCCGACUCGACGAGGACGCAUCGUAAGGCCGCAACCCGCCACGGUACGGGAUUCUCACCCUCUCCGACACCCUGUUCCAAGGGACUUGAGCGGCGGGCGCGGCCGAUAACGCCUCUCUAGACCACAAUUCGGGGGGCGCUGCAUACGCGAGGCCUCCAGAUUGGCAGCGUGAGCUCAGCCCGCUUCAUUCGCCAUUACUAGGGGCAUCCUGGUUAGUUUCUUCUCCUCCGCUUAGUGAUAUGCUUAAGUUCAGCGGGUAGUCUUGCCUCAUUCGAUGGCGGGUUUCGAGGCGCGCGGCCGCACAGAGAGCGGCCGCGCGCCGGGGCGGGCGGACCUCGCUCUCUCCCGGAGGAGAGGAGAGGAACCGCGCACGCGUGGGGUCGCGAGGCAGAACGGGGCACGCGUCCGCCGGAGGUCUAGUCGUGGACUUAGCACUCCGGCGGGGACGCGGGUUAGACGCCGCCGCCGCGCUCGCAAGGCAGCCUUGGGCGGGCGCGCGAGGGAGCCGAGGCUCCCCCGCGCGGCCGCCGGCUCCGGAGACGAGAGAGAGAGCUCUCUCGCUCCGAGGAGGAUGGAGGCGCCCCUCGAAGAGACAUGCGUCCGAGCGGAGCCCGGAUGCGCCAUUUGCGUUCAAAGGUUCGAUGAUUCACUGAAUUCUGCAAUUCGCACUACGUAUCGCAUUUCGCUGCGUUCUUCAUCGUUGCGAGAGCCAAGAUAUCCAUCGGCAGGAGUUGUGGGGUUUCAUAAGUUGAGGCAGCGCCGGCGUGAGAGCCCGCGCUGCGCAAAGAGAGGGGGCCGUGGGGAGGGGAGAGCCACGCGCGCGCCCGAGGCGCACACGAGCACUCCACACUCACCCAGGCGCGAGACAAGAGGGGUGCGGGCCCGGGUCGGCUCAGGAGAGCCCCCCGGACAGCCGCGCGCUCCGCGCGAACGCGGAGCCCGCGACGGGGUUAGACGGGGUACGGUGCAACAUCGGUGUGGGUUGGAAAGACCGGUAAUGAUCCUUCCGCAGGUUCACCUACGGAAACCUUGUUACGACUUCUCCUUCCUCUAAAUGAUAAGGUUCGGACAGCUUCCCGCGGCGUCGCGGCUGGAGAACCAGCUGCGGCGCCGCAGUCCGGGGGCCUCACCGGAUCAUUCAAUCGGUAGGAGCGACGGGCGGUGUGUACAAAGGGCAGGGACGUAAUCAACGUGCGCUGAUGACACACGCUUACUAGGAAUUCCUCGUUGAAGAUUAAUAGUUGCAAUAAUCUAUCCCCAUCACGAUGCAAUUUCAAAAGAUUACCCGGACCUCUCGGUCAAGGUGAUAGACUCGUUGAGUGCAUCAGUGUAGCGCGCGUGCGGCCCAGAACAUCUAAGGGCAUCACAGACCUGUUAUUGCCGCGAACUUCCACUUGUUGAAGACAAGUUGUCCCUCUAAGAAGCUCCAGCGAACGGAGGGUUCGCGUCGCUAUUUAGCAGGCUGCGGUCUCGUUCGUUAACGGAAUUAACCAGACAAAUCACUCCACCAACUAAGAACGGCCAUGCACCACCACCCAUCGAAUCAAGAAAGAGCUCUCAAUCUGUCAAUCCUCACAAUGUCUGGACCUGGUAAGUUUCCCCGUGUUGAGUCAAAUUAAGCCGCAGGCUCCACUCCUGGUGGUGCCCUUCCGUCAAUUCCUUUAAGUUUCAGCCUUGCGACCAUACUCCCCCCGGAACCCAAAGACUUUAGUUUCCCGAAAGGUGCUGAAGGAGUCACAAAUGGAACAUCCUCCAAUCCCUAGUCGGCAUGGUUUAUGGUUAAGACUACGACGGUAUCUGAUCGUCUUCGAUCCCCUAACUUUCGUUCUUGAUCAGUGAAAACAUCCCUGGCAAAUGCUUUCGCAGUGGUUCGUCUUCCGCUGGUCUGAGAAUUUCACC